AAUUGUUAUUAAAAUAAUACUAAUGUUUACUAAUUUUUAAAAUGUACAUUAACAUGCAGAUUACCUUAGAUGUUGCAGAAGCCAUGAAAUUAUAGCCUCUGGCAUAAAAAUAGUAGAUAUUAUUUGUUAAAAUUUACAAUCGUGUAUGUAAUAAUAUAGAUUAAACCAAUUUUGAGAUAAUAUCGCAUAAAUCUGUAAACUAAUUUAGAUAUCAAUCCACAGCAAAUUUAUGAUACAUUCUGGUUCAUUUGAUAUUCAUUCAAAACCAAUUAUGAAGACUACUUGUAAAAUUGGAUAAUGAUCAUUGAUACUAGAAAACUUUCUUACCUCAGGUGAUAAAAGGGAAGCAGUGAUGGCUGGUUGUUGUUCCAGGAAUCUGGUGACCAUUUCAUAGGCACUAUUCCAGAGCUCACGGAUGUCUAUGAUGAGCUUGUGUAGAGUUCUGAUAGAAUUCGGAUAGCAGUCGUUCGUCCAAAGUCAUCAUGCCACGCGGACAAAGGAAGCGGAAGGCUGGAGGAGGGAGGGCAGCAGCCUCCAAGAAGAUCAUCACUGAGCAGGCAGCUGAAGCAAUGGAGUCAGAGACCAGUCAGGCCACAACAGCAGCCACUGCUACCACAGCCCAGGCAGGGGCAGCUGCUGAUGAAGACUCUGGUGACCAGCCAGAGGACGCCCUGACACAGGACCUGCCACAGGACGAUGAGGGGCUAGCCCCUGGUGAUGACCACCCUGAGGAGGGCCGUGCCGCUGCUGGUGGUGAAGACUCUGAGUCUCAGCUCCCACACUUGGAGAGGGAUAAUGUACAGCGUCGGCCUCUGAAGAAGUGCCGCCGCAAAGCCCUCCUGCUCGAUGAUGACACUCAGGUGAAACUCAUCGAGUGGGUCCGGGAGCACGAACUUUUGUGGAGGAAGGGGGCCACCAACUACAAGGACACGAAGAAGAAGAUGGAGCUUUGGGCCAGGAAGGCCAGUGAGCUGGACAUUGAGGGGGGAGCUACAGCUCUGAGGACAUGGUGGAAGUCAGCGCGGGACCUCUACGCGAAGAUACACACAAAGAAGUCUGGCCAGGCUGCAACGAACUUCACGGACAGAGAACUGUUCAUCCGGCGGACCUGUGCCUUCCUGCACAGGGAGGUGAAGCCCAGGAAAGGUCAGUCCCGUCGAUGCAUACUCCUCACAGAGGAACCUGCAGCCAGCCAGACUUCUAGCAGGCAGCCUCCAGCAGCUCAGCCCUCAGCCAGCACCUCUCGCCAGUCUUCCCACGACGUCGAGGAACAGGAACAGGACCCCCUGUCGCUCUUCGAAACGCAAGCGGCAGUCACAGGGUCCCAGGGCACCACCCCUCCACAAGCUCCCUCCUACACCACCACCAGACCACGCCGUGGCGCCACCAGAGCCGAGCCUGAAGACUCCCCUGCGAUGCUGGACAUCAGGGAUUGUAUGAAGGCCACCAACGCCCUCAUGGAGAGACUGGUCCAAGCCCAGGAGAUCGGCCAUGCACGGCAGCCCUUUAUCACAUACAUAUCCCAGUCUCUCCAACGACUACCUGAGGCCCAGUACCAGCUCGCAGUGGAGAGGAUGACGGCCAUCCUCCACGAGGUGCAGCGACCCAUCCCCCACCCCCUUCCUCCAGCUCCACCACAUCCAGUCUCAGCUUUGUCUUCAACACCCACCCUCUACCAACAGCGGCAGCAACACGACUUCCAGCCCCAGCCUCAGCAUUACGGCUUCCGGCAGAAGCCUGUCGACUUCCAGCAACAGUCUCAGCCUCAGCAUCAGCCUCUUCACCUCCAGCAAUUGCACACACACAGACUCAGCCAGCCAUCCCACAUCCCCAGGAGCUCCAACGAUGGACCCAUCUUCACAGACAUGCCGACCUUUUCCCCUAGUAACCACAUGAGCGCCGUUAUCGAGCAGGGGAUUCUCCAGGACCUCCAGAGGCAGGAGAUGAACGCUCCACCCACACCUAUCACCACUGCUGAUCUACGUGCAGAGAUGAGGGCCACCACCGAGGAGAAUCGACACUGCUUCUGAUGUGUUGCAGGGACUGCUCAGAAGUUUCAUUUGAUUGUUGUUUCAGGUAUCAGCUGGCCAGCGGUUUCUGUUUAUUGUUUGCAUGCACACAUGUGUGUGUGUGUGUGUGUGUGUGUGUGGGGGGGGGU